AUGUGUUAUUUGGUAUAUGUAACAUACAUUGUACAGUCGUCCAACAUGGCCUCCAGUGGCUGUUGCAAGUGUAUGAUCGGUCCUUCCAUUCUCAACGCUGAUCUGUCCUGCUUAGCUGAAGAAUGCAACAAGUUGCUUGAAUGCGGAGCAGACUACUUGCAUCUGGAUGUAAUGGAUGGGUAAGAAAAGUAUAAUGAAAAAAAUAUAUAAAUUCUUGAACUUGAUUUGAGUGUAUUUCAGAGACCGCUCAAUGUAACUCUCAUAUGCUCCGGACAUUGGUAAAACAUAAGCUAACAGAUAAACAUACAUAAACUUAUUAACAUUCCCAUGCGGACUAUUCUGUGUUAAUUUACAUGUCUUGGAAAGGGAAAGAAAAAUUGAAAUAGUAAUAAAAACACAAAAUUAAUUAAAAAGAAAUUACUAUGACAAAUAUUAGGGGUGGCGAAUGGUAAAAUCCGAGACUCGCCGAGUCGCCGAGAUCCUAGUUAGAAAUCCGAGCCCGAGACCCUUUGGUGAAAUUUUCGAGACUCAAAAAAGUAAAAACAAACCAUGAAAAAACGAGACUUCGAGACUUAUCAAAAACGCUUCCGAGAUUUCGAGAUCCUGCCAAAAUUUUCCGAGACCCACGUUUUUCGAGGUACCAUUCGGCACCCCUAAUAUUCCUUGGGAUCUCUUAAAAAUGUUAAAAUUCAUGAUGUUUUAAAGUGAUUUAUCUAAGGAGUUCCAAACUGCUCUGUAUGAAAAAUGAAAAAGCUCUUUGACCGCAUGCAGUACGAUACUUGGGGCUGUUUAUGUCCGUACUGUUUCUGGUGGGACGACUGUGUAACUGACUUAUUUUGAUAAAUUUCUCACAUAAGUAGUGAGGUGGCAAACCAUUAUGGCAUUUGAAUGUUAAUAAUGCGUUUUUGAAAAGAAGACAUUCUUUAAUGGGGAGCCAUUUCAAUUCACUUGUUCACAUUAAGGCAGAGAAUUGCGAUCAAACUUUCUCCUCCCAGUAAUAAUUCUAGUGGCAAAAUUCUGAACAAGUUGUAUUUUCUUGAUAUUGUUUUCAAAAGUACUAGACCAAAUAGCAGAGCAGUAAUCAGUCUUGAUAAUCACCCAUGCAUUAAUAAUAAUUGACAAAGUUUUGUGAUUGAAUACAUGUUUAAUAUGGUUUAUCUGGCACAACUUGGCUGUGCAGGAAGCUAAUAACUGUUGUAUACAUGUAUGCUCAUUAAAGGUAAGAUAAAAGUCCACAACCAAACCUAAAUCUGGAGGGGCAGUAGCUGUUCACCAAGAGAGUCAAAACUAGGGAUUGUUGUUAACUGUUAAAGAAGUUGAUGAGUUCCUAACAAAAGCAAUUUUGUCUAGUUGUUGGGAUUAAUCAGAAGACAAUUUUGAAAACACCAUUAAGCAAUUUUCAGCAAAUCAGUUCCAACAUGUACAAAAGGAAAGGAAAUAAAGAUUUAAGAGUCAUCUGCAUAAGACUCCAAUUUGCAGAUCUUUGGAGUAAAUGGUAAAUCAUUGGUGUAGAUUGUAAACCAAAGAGGUGACAAAAUAAAGCCUUUGGGUAUUCUAUGUGUUAAUGGCAGUGUUGAUGAAGUAACAGUACUCAUCCACACAUAUUAUGAUCAGUUAGAUUGGUAAGGAUAGAAAUCUCUUUAGUCACUCAGUCCAUGGCUUUGAAGAGGAAGUCGAUAAUGGCAAUGUUGAUUGUUUCUGUGGAGUGAAAUUUACGAUUUCUGCUCUGGUGGCUGGAUAAUAGCUUGCUCUUGUAGAGGUAAGACAUAAACUGAGCCAGGACUACUUUCUUGCAUAUCUGUGAAAAACCACGAGGAGUGACAACAGACAGUUGUUUGAUGCCAUUUAGUGAUCUCCUUCAUUAAGGAGUGGUACUACCUCAGCCAAGUUCCAAGCAGUGGGAAAAUUUGAUGUAAAAUGAACAGUUGAUAAUGUCAGUAAGUGCCUUAACAACAUUAUUUGGGGAAUCUUUUAAUACUAUAUACUGAUUUUGUCCAGUCCGGGAGCUUUAUUUGAUUUUCUUCCACUGUAAUGAGAUUAAAUUCAAAGUUUCCACCAGGUUAGUGAGAGGUAAUAGGAAAGGCUGGUGAUGCAAGUUGAAUACCAUUAGAUAAUCAUUUGCAAGUUGCUUGACCUUAUCAGCGGUAUUGCUUCCGACUGAGGUAAAGAAGGCAUUGAAUUCUUCAGCUAAGAGGUUAGGGUCUCUACGACAAGGAAGUCUAGUGGAAUCUUUGGAUGGGAAACACUUUCUGAUUGUCUUCCACAUAGUUCUUACGAUUCUUCAGUUGUUGUAAAUUUAGGUGUGGUAGUAGUUUGAUUCUGCCUUCCUUAACUUGCAUUUCACCAUAUUUCUUAACUCCUUGAAAGGUUCCCAAUCACGAGGGUUACAAGUCUGCUUAAAAUUUUUUACCUUAUGAUCUCUGCUCUACACAAGCUGUUUUAUAUCAUCAUCGAUUAAAUGAUGUGGUUGACGUUUUAAUUUGAUAGAUCUAUUUGGGGCGUGAACAUCAAGUGUAGAGCAAAACAAGUCAUUAAAAAGGUUGAGUUUUCCAUUAACAUCAUCAAUUGAGGCAAUAUUAUAAUGAAGCAGAAGGUGCGACAAGUCAUCAGAGAAUGACACAGGGUUGUAAUGUUUAUGACUCCUUACUUCUAUGAGGGUAGGAGGAGGUCUAGGUGUUUUCAAUUUCAAAGUGCAAUAGACUACUUUCCUUAAUUAGAUCAGGGGAGGAAACCAUGAUGAUAUCAAUAAGAGAUUCCGUUUCCGCAGUGACUCAACUUUUAGGUUUGUUAAUAAUUUGUUAUCAUUUGUGUCAGUUUGAGUUCAUUGCAAAUAUCAUUAAAGGCUUUAGCUUCUGGGUAGGAAGGUUUAAUAAGAUUGCAGUUGAGGUAACCCAUGAUAAUAAUUGGUAAAAGAAAGUCAUUGAUAUAACUUGGUUUAAAAUCAUCAAUUAAACAGCAGGUGGUCUCUAGGUGGCACAAAUAAUCAAGGACUUCAGUUUUCAGCCUGGAUAAAGUAUGUUGUUUUAGAUAUUAAGCUUAUUAAACUUAAUAUUUUUACAGCCAUUUUGUACCAAAUUUGACGUUUGGGGCGCCAUUAGUCAAGUGCUUAAGGAAAAAAGUGCCAAGUGCUUUUUUUGGUGAGUAAGGAAAACAAUCUUUAUCCUACUCAUUUUAGCUAAAGUGGUGGGGGUUAGGUGGGCAAAAUUUGAGAGCUCAACGAUUAGGGGUAAAGGUGUGGGUACAGUGAAGAUUCAAUAAUUUUUUAUUUUACAAGAUAUACAUUUUUUGCUUCUUUGGCUAUUUCAUAUUUAAAUAUUCCUUGUUUUUAAUUUAUUAUGUUUUAGAUUUAGGAAUAAUUUGUCUUGUUUUUUUCCCGUUCAGAUAUGCACAUGAUGGUGGCAAAUCCUGAAAAGGUAAUCGCACUCAACUAUCGGUAAUGAAGUACUUGUAAAUGAACCAUUAGUAUCACAACCCAUUGAUUUCGCCGUGUAGCUAUCUGGCCUCCCACAAGUUUGCCACCUAGUUGUCAACAACCUAUCCUGUAUAGUUUGUAGUGAAAAGAUUAAUGAUAAAUGAAUAUUUAGUUGUUAUAAUUUGAAUUAAUGUCUCUUUUCUUUUUUCAAUUUGCCAUAAUUGUUUGCUUUCAAGUGGGUAGAUGACAUGGCUGAUGCAGGUGCUGACCAAUACACUUUUCAUAUUGAAGCAACAGGUACAUGUAAUAAGUAAAUAAAUAUCAAUCAAUCAAUCAAUCAGUCAAUAAUGAUUUAGAGGUAGCACAUCCAUACAGUACGUGGUUCUUCAUCUACCUGAUUUCUGGUUGAAUUGUAAUUUGGAAAUGUUGGUUUUUGCGGAGAGGGAGAAAAAUGGAGUUCCCUGAGAAAAACCUUGUGGAGCAAAGGAGAAAACCAACAACAAAAGCAAUCCACAUAUGGCGUUGACACAGGAUUUCAACCUAGUACAGGGGCGUACAUAGCCAGUAAUUUUGCCAGCAUACAGGGGUUCCUAAGGUGGUAUUGUUGUGAAAGGUAUUAGGCGAGGCUGCAUUUAUUUUGGCCAAACAUGUUUAAUAUUUAAUGUCAGUGCCAAAUUUAGCUAAUAUUUCUGAGAGGGGAUUAAAAAUACGCUUCCUGAAGAAAUGGUCAAAAGGACAUCAGUCAAUAGUUGUUGCUGAAUACAUUACACCAGGAGCUCCUGAUUAUAUACUUUAUCAAACACUGUGGUCUUGUGAUAAUCUGCUCACUCAGCUAGCAUAUAAGCAAGAAGGAGGCGCCUCCGUGCAAAAAAUGUUGAUUAUUGCUGAACUAACGUCAAUUUGCCCACUGCAACAGAUGUUUAUUAAAGCAGCCUGCACGACAGGUGCUUUAAGAGCUGAGCGCAGCAGGUGAGACGAGGGGAGGGGAAAGAACAAAGCAAGUCCAGACUUUCACUCGCUGGACAUAGGCGCUCUUGAGUAUGUUUUCAGUCAGCACAAUGUUCUGAACAAUCACUCGCAUUCCGCUAGUGUAAUUGGCGACGUACAAAAAAUACGCUUCAACUUGUCUUCGUUUCAGUUGAUAGAAUUCACGGUCACUUUGUGCCAAGACCUCCACUGCACUACUGAAGGAAGGUCUUUAACUGCGUUAAGUCAAAAACCUGGGUUGAUGGGAGGCCAUUUACAAAGCAGCUUGCGCAGAUAUUCCUUCACUAGCAAAAUUAGUAAGGCUGGAAGUAUGCGCAGAAUGGAAGACAUCACAGCAUUGUUACCGGGGCCAAAGUAGGUGUAUAUCUCAGAAAUAAGAUAAUUAUCCAAAAGAUGCAGUGUUUCUGCAUGCUUCGGUUCAGCUGCUGCUGAACGUACAACUACGCGAUGCAUAAGCUGAGCAAUGUUGUCCUGCAGACCUCUUGCUGAUCUUUGUUAUAGUGAUAACACUGUAACCCUCAAUAAAGUACCUGAUACCUUUGUGAUUUUUUUCUUCUUUAAAUGAUAUAUAUGUCCAUAUAUGCACAUAUGCCUGUGAGUACAACUGAUAUCUGGAAAAAGAAAUUCUUUUUGUUUCCUGAAAGCAUUUUUAUCACUAAAUCAAGAUGUCUGGACUUGUAAAUGUUUUGCAUUAUAUUGGUUCUUUGCCUGCCUAAAAGGUACACAUCUUGCCCUUUGCUUGUAACCUCCUUGAUGAUGUCACUUUUUACCCCUUUUUUCCAUUAACACUGUCAGCUAACUGUACCUUUACCGAUAACACUAGAAAUCGAUAGAAUAAACAACUAACUAUUCCAUUUCCCUUCAUACUUAUUUAAUGAACAUGUCGUGCAGAAAACCCAGGAAAUGACAUUUCCAAACCCCCAAAUGUAAAACAUUUUCUAGGGGAGCAUGCCCCCAGGUCCCCCUAGUCUGGAGUGCUUUCAGCGGUCUAACUUUUCUUCCCAUGCUUACAGCUUCAAACUCUCACAAUAUGCCGCUGAGGAUCUACUGUAAGCUUUGUCCCAGUCAUGAUGACAUGUAUGCUGAUGGCAUUAGUUUAAUGCACAUGAGUAUACAAUUUCUGUGAUAAACAUAAAAUCUGUUUUCAAGUGAAACCAGGAAAUUGUGGUUUAACCUGAGAACAGAUUGAUCAGGGUACAAAGAAAACGAAGACCAAGACAUGUUUGGAUGAUGAUGUUAUGACUGGACUAAGCUUUGCUUAUAAUUUUCACUGUCAUAAGAAACUUUUGCACUUAAUUAAAGUUUUAAUUAUGAGAUGCACAAUAAAAUGUACUCUAGCUUUUGAGUGCAUUGUUUUUACUUCAAUCAGACAGGCCUCUAGAGCUGAUCCAACAGAUAAAGAAAGCUGGAAUGAAGGUGGGUGUGGGAGUAAAACCAAACACACCUGUGGAGUCUGUACUGCCAUUUGUCGACCUGGUUGAUAUGGUUCUUAUUAUGACUGUAGAACCAGGAUUUGGAGGACAGAAAUUCAUGGCAAAUAUGAUGCCAAAGGUAAAUAAUUAUAUGUACAUAUAUUUGAUCAAAGGUUGUUUCUUAUUAAUGAGCCAGGCCACUAGCAGAAAAUAUUUUUUGGUGGACCGCCAUUGUAUUUUAUUUUUUCUUCAACAUGUUUGGUUGAUUAAUGCAGACUGACAGUCGAACCUCUAUAAAGCAGCCACCUAUUAUGCGGCCACCCCUUAUUAAGCGGCCAGUUAUUAAAAUCCUGAAAUUAUUUUCAGUUAAAUACCAUAAAUGAAACCCCUAUUAAGCAGCCACCCCUAUUGACCAACCGCAGCCACCUUUUGGUUGUGCUGUUUUCUAUUGUUUUUUACCUCUAUUAAGCGACUACCCAAAAUUAAAUACGGCUGGUUUGGCUUUGUUUUUGAGAAGGCGAUAACAGAUAAGAAUCCGAAAUCAAAAGUGACAACUGAUAAGCACAUUUUAGACACACGUUUAUUGUUCUCUUUACGUUAUUACAUGUUUACUAAGCAAUUAAACCUGACUGUAAAAAUACUGAAAAUAUAAAUGCAUUGUAUAACUUUACCAGGUUUAUGUUACCUGGUUUAUUUUUGUGCCAUUUUUAUACAUUUUAUCAUGUGCAACAGAUUAUAAAAGCCUUUAAGCAUGUAGCCUGCGAAAACAUCUGUUUCUCCUUGCUCUUUGCCGCUGGGGACGCUUCGCGCGAAGGAGCGUCUGCGACUCAGCGACAGAAAUUCCAUACUGAUGACGCAAAUCAAUGUUUACAUAAUAAAUCCGGUAGUCAUGGGGUUCCAAAUAUAAAUUUGUCUAAUUUUACGUGUCUUCUGGUUGAUUUUGGUAAAGUGUUGUGCUUAUCUGCCAACGAGGUCCAGCAAAACUUAAAUGCUUCUUCUAGAGAAGACUAUAUUCCACAAAUAUUGACUGUUUUGUUAGAGAUUCUUCGUUUUUACAUUUGACCUUUGUGGCCUUUUGUCUUUUGUCUGUCAUUUGUAAACAAUAGCUUAAACAAUGUAACUACUCCGUCGACCAAUCAGCGCUUCUGACCGGAUUCCGAACAGAUUUUACGUCAUCAGUAUGGAAUUUCUGUCGCUGAGUCGCAGACGUUCCUCCGCGCGAAACAUCCCUAGCGGCGAAGAGCGAGGAGAAACGGAUGUUUUCGCAGGCUAUUAAGCAUGCUUACAUUUGAAUAAAUUGACGUUUCAGUAACUUUCAGACCAACUCCUUACAAACCCUUAUUAAGCAGCUAACCCCUAUAAAAGGGCCACUUUUCAUUUCCUCGAGGGUGGCCGCUUAAUAGGGAUUCGACUGUGUAAAUAAAGCAAAUGUACAUGUAGGUAAAUAAAGGUGCCACCCUCAAUGGCUAAAAUUUCUUUCCAUUGUUGCUUAAAGUGUAUUGAAAUGCACUUUUCAGGCACCCAAGAGUGCAUUUUUGCAGGGAAGGCCUCCAGACUCCCCUAAUGAAAGGGGGGAGCCCCCCUCUCAUACCUACUCCCCCACACAGAGCUGUGAUCCUGCCUUUCAAUCUCAUCAGUUGCAUCCUGCGUAAUGUUUUUCUCCUUCUCCUUCUUCUUCUUUGUUACAUUUUCUAGUGGAGAAGCCUGUCUUUUACCAUGCGUCUUCUCUCCCUUAGUUUAGAAAAACCAUCUUGGAAACAACUGUUCAACUCCCAUUUUGUUUUUAGUCUGAGGAAGACAUAUGGUCUAAUUUUAGAGCAUCCAACCAUCGAAGUGUAGGCAAGAAAAUAUAAUUAAACUAAAUUUGGUUGUUCGGCUUUCAUAUUGGAAUUUAAAUUUUGCCUAACCCUGGGUGACCUUCACUCAGCUUUGAACCCGGCCCUGAUAGAUGGUAAGAGUGUUAAAAACACAUUUCUGCCAUAAAUUGCACAAUAUUAUCAAAAUGGCCGAUGUGACUAAAAAAAUUAUGUUUUUUUCAUAUUUUUUUCUAGGUUAAACAUCUAAGAACAAAGUACAAAGUAUUGGAUAUUGAAGUUGAUGGAGGAGUAGGAAUCCAAACAAUAGAAACAGCAGCUCAGGUAUCAAUCUAUAUGUGAGUGUGAUCACAUCUAACUUCGUUGUCUUCAAGGAAACUCUCCAUUUGAGGAAUAUUCUGAAAGGCCAUGCACAAGUAGCCUGCAUUGCAGCCAGACUUGUCACUUGAGGCCCAGACUGUCUGUGACGCAGGCUAUGCACAAGCAGCACAGAAAGGAAACGCAUGAGAGAGGUGCUGGGAAAGCCCCUUUCUUGUGGAUUCACUCAAGGAUCACCUUGCUCACGCCUUGAAAUGGAUAGCUUGCUCAGUGGGGAAUGAGUUAAUUAGCUAGAAUUGAUCAUUGCACAGGCACAACAAGAAUGACACAGCAAUAUCAUGUGGACAUGUUAACAUAUGGAUUAUUCACAAAAUGAAAAUGAUCUACAGCAAACUGUUCAGACAACAAACUUACAGUUCAAUUCUCUUCUAGCUCUAUUAUUGGACAAAAAAAUGCCAUGAAUCUUCCAAAUUUGGUCAGUGUUUGCAUGUUUUGAUAAGUUAGCCAUGAGAUAUACAGUCAUGUAUUUUUAAUGGGUAAAAAUGUUCGUCAUAUCCUAACCUACUUUAAACUUUCUUUGUUUGUUAGGCUGGAGCCAACAUGAUUGUAUCUGGUAGUGCUGUGGUCAAAAGCGAUAAACCAAAAGAAGUAAUGGAUACUUUGAGGGAAGUAACAGAAAAGUGGAUAAAGAUCAACAGUGAAGCAAGUCAAUAA